AUGAAAAAGUUUAUUCGGGUAAUUUUCAUCACCACGUUUCUGCUCAUUACGGUUCUCUCUGCCCAAGCAGCUCUGGAUCCGAACAUGAUUUUGUAUUUCUCGUUUGAUGAGCAGCUUGAUGGAAGGAAGGUCGAAGACUUGACCGGCGGCGGUAACGAUGGGAAACUCAAGUUAGGUGCCAAAAUCACUAACGACCCUGCGGAGGUUUACAAAGGAGCGGGUGCGUUAAAAAUUUUCAACAACAUCAGCGCUCAGCUCCUCGUCGAGUCUUUUAAGGAAAUGGAUAACUAUAAAGAGAACACCUACACCUUUUGGCUCUACAUAUACGGUGUCAGAGAUGAUGCGUGUUGUCCAGAGGAAAUUAUUCUACAAAAAGCCCACCUUUUAGUUGGUGAUGUGAAAGGGAACGCGCCGGGCAUCUUUCUGACCGAUCCGGGUCUAUCGCUUACAUAUAAAUUUGGCGACCAAGGAGCUGUACUGGGGGACGGGGUCGGCCCCGGCGGCAAGGGUGAAAAGUUUGAACUGAACAAGUGGUAUCACAUCGCGGGUGUCAAAAAGGCAUCAGACCUAAUAAUCUACAUCAACGGUAAGCAAGAAGCCAUAUAUAACGCCAAACAAAAUUUCAUCCAAGGUAAGGGGCACCUUCGUAUCGGCGGAUCGCGGAUCCGAGCUGCUUCUUUUGCCAUGGAUGAGUUUGGGCUUUACAAUCGCGCCUUAACCGAAAAAGAGGUGGAGUUGGAUGCCAAGGGACAAUUCCUGUCGGUCGAACCCGAACGAAAAUUGACUACUACCUGGGGGCAUCUCAAAACGGGGCGUUAA